GAGUCAGUAUGUCUUCGGACAGUGACGAGAGAGGAAGGGCGACGCGCGCUGAGCCCGAGGCGGAGAGACAGAGACUGUCAUGUCAGAGCGUGAGACCGUUUCACGGACAUCGCUUUUCCUAUGACACUCAGAGAUAAUUUGAGCUUUAGUAACAACUCUUCGUCACUCUAUCAGCAAUAUGGAUACAAUUAGUUACAACCUUAUUUCACUUCGAUCAUAAAAGGAUAAUGAUGAUGAUGAGAUUAAGUUCGAAAGCCGAAAGUUCGUGACUUCGACACUUACUAUGAGAAAGCUCAGGGGAAAGAAAUUCGGAAUGAUUGGUAGUGCCAACUGAUAUUCGAUAAUUAAUUAAGUGAUUGUGCCUUUGAAGAACCCGUUGACAGAAGGCGACCAUGGCCAAGAUCGUGAUUGCAGCGUUGCACCUUUUGUUGCUCAUCAACGGUCUUCAGGCGAGCUGGGAUGAGUGGUGGACUUACGAUGGAAUUUCGGGUCCGGAGUUCUGGGGCUUAAUCAACCCCAACUGGAACAUGUGCGAGCGAGGCCGCCGCCAGUCCCCUAUCAACAUCGAGCCGAGCAAGCUGGUGUACGACCCUCAUCUUCGCCACAUCCACGUCGAUAAGCACAAGAUCUCGGGCACCCUCUAUAAUACAGGGCAGAGCGUAAUCUUCCGCGUCGAGAUGGGUUCGAAGCAUCACGUGAACAUCACAGGAGGUCCUCUGGUCUACAAGUACCGCUUCGAAGAGCUCUACAUUCAUUUCGGAGCUUCGAACGUCACGGGCUCAGAGCACCAGAUCGACGGGGCUAAAUUUCCGGCCGAGAUCCAAAUGUAUGGGUUCAACGCGGAGCUCUACCGUAACAUGAGUGAGGCGAGGCUGGGGUCCAACGGUAUUGUAGGGCUGUCUAUACUGAUACAGGUGGGCGAAGAAGGCAACGACCAGCUGAGGAUCCUUUCUUCAGGAUUCGGCAAAAUCACCUACAGGGGCAUGAAGUGGUCCAUUAAGCACCUGUCCCUGGCCGGCCUCCUGCCCAAUACCCACCACUACAUGACCUACGACGGCUCCACGACCCACCCCGGGUGUUGGGAAACGACCACUUGGCUCAUCAUGAAUAAGCCAGUCUACAUCACCAUGCAGGAGCUCUACGCCCUCCGACAGCUGAUGCAAGGCGACCAGACACUCCCGAAGGCGAAGAUGGCUAAUAACUUCCGUCCCGUCAAGGCCCUUCACCACCGCACCGUCAGAACCAACAUCGACUUCAACAACUCCCACAGGAGCAAGGGAUGUCCCACCAUGCACAGGGAGAUGUACUACGCAGCUCAUCAGUGGCCCAAGCUAUAGCCGGAUCUUUGGAUUUAGACAAGCUCCCCAAAAUGGAUAUUAAGGAAAAAAUAAAAAGUAUAAAAAAAAGAUAAAAAGUCGCCUCGUGUAACUUUGCAUGCAGUGAUGAAUCCCGUUGUGAGUAAACAAUGGUUCAGAAACAAGAACCACGGGUUAUACAAUAAUGUGCAUGGCUUGCAGCAAGAUUUAGCAUACCUUAAUUAUAUUAUAGAUAAAUAUAUAGCAAACCAAUGCCCAGAGCCAGAGACAAAAACAAGAAAGAUGAGAGAAAGCAGAAAAAUAAAUAAGGUGCUUUUUAUAACUAUGACGACACGCAUUAUGCGCUUAACAGGUAUAGCUUGUUAUUCGCUAAACGCAGGAAAAUCUGCCACCUCAUCAUACCUAAAGGGACAAUAGCUCUAUGUACGCAGUGUGUGCAAUGAAUGCCUAAGUAUGUGACUACACUUCCUUAGCAAGUGGACAUUGACUCCCAGUGAGGUGUCCUAUUAUGUGUUAGCUGUAAAAUACAAAAACUUCAUUGGCUGGAGUAGCCAAUAUAAAGAUCUUUUGUGAGCUACAUUUCAGUUGUAAAUUUGCAUUUCGCUGCUGUGAAGUGUCAUAGGAAAAAAGGAAAAGAAAAAAAAACAUAUAGAUAUAUUUCAUAGAUUUGAAAUUUUAUUUUUUAUCGAAAAUACCCUACUACUUGUACAGAAUAAUCUUCUGUGGCUCACACCUGUCUACUAGAAAGGCAUAAUGGAUAUGAAUUUUAUUUUUUGUUCAUUGGUGCACCUUGAUAUGACUAGGUGAAUGAAUAUCUAGCAAUAAAGAUUUUAGUUAUAGUACUAUGAUCGAUAUUCUGAAGUUAAUAGUUUAUCAGAGUGAAUAUUAAAGAAAACCUAUCAAGAUUCUGUUUUACCAAAGAAGUUUAGGCUUAACAGUGAAAAUUUGGUAUAUAUAAUACGUGUAAUAUACUCAUCGUUACUUAUCUGGUGAUAAAACAAUUCAGAACAGAAGUGAGGCGCCACUAAGAAAAGUAUUUGCAAAAAAUGGAAAUCAUAUAUGAUAAAAGUGAUAAAUCCUAGAACUGUUAUUCCUCGGGCUUCAAAGCUUGAAUUUAUUUUGAAGCACGGACUCCGUUCACAUAAACGAAAGACUGCAACUGCACAGUAAGAAUAUGCUAGGCUUGAUUUCUUAAUAAUAAUAAACAAAAAUGGAAUAAGUUUUCUGUUUCAUGGAUUUGGAAUGCAUAGCGUGUGAUGAUGAAACUACCUGUGUGUUUAUGAGUUGUGUGUGUAUAAAGUAUAUGACUAUAUACUUACAUAUAGACCUUCAAGCAAUCACAUUUUUUUAGGGCCGCACAUAGAUUGGUUGUUUGAUUGUGCAUGGCUCUGAUGAUAACAAUAACGCAUUUAUCCACUCUUUUCGCUAUGUUCUGACAAAGGCCAGUGUUGUUUAUUGCAAUAAAUAAUCUGCAAACAAAAUGGACUCCAACUCAAACCAAACAGAUUAACAAAAUGAAACUUCAAGGACAACGCAGUGAAAUUUUACCAAGGGAUGAAACCAUAGCAUUAACAUGGACUGACUGAGGUCACUUCGGUGACUGGGUGACUCUUUCAACCCAGGUCCUUCCGGAGUUAAAAGGUCAGGUCCGGCUGCCUUGUCUGAUGAACUAUUUUCCGUCUAACUUUCUCUAUAGACAUAUAACUUUCCGGCACGACAACCAGGAGCCUUGCAGGAAGUGCUACGCGAUACCUUCCGGUUUAUUUUUAAGCUUUUAAAAAACAUUGUAGUCAUGUUAAGGAAUUCCUCGGGAGAAAGGAUGCGGCUCUGAAGCUCUCUGUAUUUGGCAUCAUACAUACUCUUGCAUGACUGGUGUCUGUCUGCCUGUAUCUCUGUACCUACCACUGUUUCUACCCUUGUCUUCGCUCGGUAAUUGGGUGCACUUCAGUGUAUUGACAAUUAGUUAAUGAAAUGCUGCGAGUAAAAUGCGGCUGAAUGCAUACAAGAAUAUAAAGAUCCGCGUGGGUAAAACUAGACAUAAAGUUUAAAGUAGAUAUCAAACAGGGCCUUUGGUUCUUUAAAUCAGAUAGGAACAUCAUAUCGAAGCCAAUCUUAAUAUUAUAACUGUCAAGUAUUGGAAAAUAUGAAAAUGAGGGCUAAUGCAAUAUUUUCCAAAUUUUGCAGUCAACAUGUUAAAAAUCAUACUCUAUUCACCUUUCUUUUUCACAUUUACUAAAAGAAAUAGAGGGUUCCGCAAAAUUUAUAAUAUUAUCAAUCUAUUUUUUUAAAUGUUCCACGCCAUAUAAAAAAUUACACCCUGCCAAAUAUGCUGACGCAAAAUAGUACACAGAAGUGGACCCUGUGAGGAAGAGGGAACUUUGUGCAUCUCGCAGCCGCGCCACGCCAGUCAUAGAGCCAAAAGACAAUUGUGAACUGCUGCUUAUGGUCGGUUACCGCUGCUGGUGUCAGUGUAGAGCGCUAGUGCCACAGGAAAGUGCUGCAUAACAGUGCCGUUGUCGCCAAGACCAAAUGAACUUGUCCCGCAUCAUACUCAUGGCAGGAAGGCCCUCUCUUGCCCUCCCUUUUCUGUAGUGGCAUCGUAUCCCAGAAAUGAGUCUCCAUCCAUGCUGGCAAACGUUAGAAGUGCUGGAAGGGGAAUCGUGCCUCUCACGCACACCGGAAAAUAUAUUUCGUAACGAAAUAUAUUUCGUAGCAUAUGGGAGCGUCGGUGAUAAACAGACAGCUUCUUGUACAGAGCUAAAGCAGCGGAGGCGUCACUCUCAACGGCAGGUGUAGAGUCAUUUCCUUACGUUCAGCUGCCCAAAAUGAAUAAAUAAAUAUAUUUAAAAAUGUGAGGGAAACGUUUUUAUAUGUGUAUCCAUUCACACAAUCCGUAAUCUGGCCAGCUGCUUUAGGGGUAAAUCUGUAUGUGUGUCCGGGUGUGUGUGCAUCUCUCGUCACGUAGCUGCUUCUCUGAGGUCCAUAAUACUAAGCCUUGCAUGCGCGUGGCCAUCGCCCCAACAAGGCAGCUAGCUCUAAAAAGGAUCUUUGUUGUGAAUGAGACCGCGCGGCAUACGAGGUGUCUUUCGUCCGGGUUUGCACCGAGAAAAUUCCGUCUCUGUACUGAGGCCAGUCUUCAUGCUCUCUUACCCCCACUUGUCUGUCUAAAAUCUCUUGGUUUGCAUUUCUGAAUAUUUGUUCCUCCUCUCAGGCAAUGCUUUGGUUUAAUUUUAAUUAUUUUUCUCUUUGUCUCGCAACUUUCCGGUCUCCAUCUCAGCCCCUCCCAUGUUGUUCUUCCAUGAAACAACUAAGCAAUAGGGAAAUCCAACAUUUUUUUUUCAGAUACUAUAAUGUGUAUAAAUGUAUAUUUUUCAUUUUAAAUCGAAAAUAAAGUAACUAAUUGAUAAAUUAAUUUACUCUCUCAUUCGGAAUAUCUUACCUUGAAAACACACUUUCCCUUCUGGUUUUCUUCUUCACUCCUGCCUAUCCCUCCAUUUUUCUCUCCUCUCUGUAAAACAAAUUCCUCCGUGAGUUCUCUCCCCCACUCCAGUCUCCAGGUAGGAGAGUACUCAGGUCGCGAAAACGCUCCAUUAGAGCACUUGACCUUGUAAUGCAGCCACAAACGAGAACUUUAAAAGUACAUAAUCUCAUAGUAAAUGUGACAACAAAUUGUUAUACACAGUACUCGAAAAAUAACAGAAACUGACCCAUUUUCUCUGAUCUUUUUAUUAUGAAUUCAUAGAGCAAUCUGAAGUACCAUUGUAACGUCGUUAUUAAAUAAAAAUGAAUCUAAAAAUACACAUACGAGAUGUGACGUUGAUUUCUGUACCAGGAGUGUUGAAAAGUGUGAUGGCACUAUUUGGGUUGUAAAUACAAGCGUAUAAGUGUCAAAACUGGUGUAAGAAGUACGAAUGAGAGGUAUCUGAACUAAAUCAGAGAGAGUUAGUGUAAAAGGAUAUACGUUGUUAGUGUUAAAGAUUGGUUUGGGCAUAUGAUAAAGGCGGCGUUACAUGGAAAUGUACAUUAAUUCAUUUUAGGAGUACUCAACACUAAUCAGGAAUCCAAGAUGACGUAAAUUAUUUUGCACACAUCAUCCCUCAUCAUUUUGGCGUCGUUGCGUGUAAAUACUGGGACAUUUUAGCAAUAAUUUCACCGAAUUUGAUAACUGUAAAAAUAACAAUAAUAAAAUAAAAGGGAAUAAUAACAAACGACCUGGUAAACAUAUACAUAUAAAUGUCGAUGGAGUUUCCUCACUCUGAACACAGUGUUUCUGGUUGACCUUGUAAAAUAUAUUCGUAGUCUCUUUGUGAUAUGAAUGCAAAAGAGCCAAAAUUUGUAUAUAAAUAAAAGAAAAUUUGUGUUUUCA